AUGGGGGGAUUGGUGGAGUUGGAGCACUACCAAUACCAAGGCGGCUUGGAGCGUUUGGUUCGCAGCCUGCCUGCACAGCCGCUGGGACUGAACCUUAGCUUCCAAGGUUUUGGUGUCUCUGUGGACGAUGGUGCCAAGGACGACUGUGAAGAUCUGCGUGGCCUUCCAUUGACCCAACCAUCACCGGCAGCCUCGUACUCGUACUCACCUCCGGCAAUAGAGACGGCGACCACCCAUGCCUGUGGUCAUGGAUCACCGUCACCGGCGCUCAGUGCAACAGAUGCAGAGAACGAGAAGCACUCGGUGAUCGACGCGCCAGCAGCAGCGGCUUUUGUCCCGGUGCUGCUGGACGGCGGGGAGAUGAUGGCGCAGCAGACAUCGACCGGCGGCGAGAUGCAGGGCGUGGAGUGCAGCGAGGCGGGGGCCGCGGACGUGGACGCGUGGUGGAGCAAGAUCUUCGAGAGCGGGCAACGCGCACCCCCAAACGCGGAGGACGUGGCGGCGGCCGACUGUCCCUACAAAGUCCACCGCACUGGCUCAUAUGAUGAGCUUCCAAAAUCAGAAGUGACAUCUCGCAAGAUUUUUGGUGGGGAAGGAAGAAAUGGUAUGAUACCGCAUUUGAAUAAUGCAGCCUACAGCAAGGCUGAGCCCCACAAGAAUCAGUUUUGUUUCGAGCAACUAUUGGGCACAAGUUUCCUGCUAUUGACCCAAGAUGCUGUUUUCAGUUGGCAAUUGGUUGGUAACAUCACUGGAGUGUCCUUGCACCAAUCCCAGCACUCCCUGCUCCUAUUGUGGCCGCAGCUUCUCGUGAACCCUACAGUAGCCCACUCAAGAAUUGCGUGUCACGUUGACAUAGCCAUAUGCCCUGACGACUUGAAGUGGACUUAG